AUGGCACUUAAUAUUGAUCCACCUGAGAUUACUUUUCCUGCCGCUGGUGGCAGUACAACUGUUAAUAUUAUCAAUCAAACAGAAAGUCGUUUAGGCUUCAAGGUAAAAUCAACAAACAAUGAACAUUAUCGCGUUACCCCAGUAUAUGGAUUUGUUAAUAAAAGUGACAAAACUGAAUUAACGAUAAUGCGUCUGCAAGGACCACCCAAAGACGAUAAAUUUGUGGUGCAAUGGGCUGAGGUGCCAGAUGAAGAAGAUGAUCCUCAGGCACCAUUUAAAGCUGGGGCUCAAGCUGGUGAAGUGAUUCUACCUGUAAAAGCAGAAUAA